CACAAAACUGCCCAUAUCCUCAGGCAGGUCCAUACACAUCACACCAACGAAGGUCCCUUUCCCAUCACAUCAAUCCCUCUCCCCCCCUACCACAACAAUGUCGGCCAUGAUCCCAAUGGCCCUCUACGGCCUCGAGGUCCCAGCUGGCGAUGUCGCUAUCCCAGCAAAGUCCGAUAUCCCCUCUGCCUUCCGUAUCACCAUGGCUGCCAUCGACCCAAGCGCCAUUCCCGAGAUCGACGAGGAGGGCACCGUUCCUCGCGCCACUCUGAAGGUCAUCCGCCAGGCACUCAUCGACUUCGACUCCGAGGACGAGGAUGAGGAUGAGGAGGACUUUGACAUCAGCGAGAUGGAGCGCAUGCUCGCCGAGGGAGGCGACUCUGAGAGUGACAGCGACGAUGAGGAGGUUAAUGGCGGCCCAAGCGAUCCUGCUCGCUCCAAGAAGGCGCAAAAGGCCGCGGCGCAGGCUGAGAUCAUGAAGCUUCUUGCUGAGGCGGACGAUGAGGAGAUGGAUGUCGAUGAGCAGCCCAACGGCAAGAAGUCUCUCAAGGCGCUUGGCAAGAUGCCCGCCAGCGACAGCGACGAGGAUGACGAGGACAUCAGCGACAGCGAGGAUGGUGAGGAGUACGAGGAGUUUGUCAUUUGCACGCUCGACCCAGCGAAGAACUACCAACAGACUCUUGACAUCACCGUCGGCGAGAAUGAGCGAGUCUUCUUCAAGGUGUCCGGCACCCACUCCGUCUACCUGACCGGCAACUACGUCGAGCCCGCAGGCCACGACCACAAGGGCAUGUACGACCCGGACAGCGACGAGGAAGAUGACGGCAUGUACGACCUCGAGCCCGACAGCGACGAGAUCGACGACAUGGAUGAGGAGGACGAGCUCGACGACAUCGAGGACCCUCGCAUCACUGAAGUUGAGGAGGAUGAAGCGCCACAACUCGUCAAGGCUGACAGCAAGAAAGAUAAGAAGGGCAAGAACAAGCGCGCUGCAGAGGACGAGGCAGAGGUCGGUGCGUCUCUCGACGAGCUCGUCGCCAAAGCCGCCGGCACCAACGGCGAAGCGAAGCUCAGCAAGAAGCAGCUAAAGAAGCAAAAGAAGAACGACGGCACCGCCGUUGAGGCCGAAGCUCCCUCCUCGAACAAAUCCGACAAGAAAGUCUCCUUUGCCAAGGAGCUCGAGCAGGGCCCAACGCCCACCAAGGACGCGAAGGCCGCCGCCUCCGAGAAGAAAUCCACCCCAUCCGUCCGCACAGUCCAAGGCGUCACCAUCGACGACAAGAAAGUUGGAACCGGCCCGGCCGCGAAAGCCGGCGACCGCGUAGGAAUGCGAUACAUUGGCAAGCUCGAGAAGGAUGGAAAGAUCUUCGACAGCAACAAGAAGGGCAAGCCGUUUACUUUCAAGCUCGGAUCUGGAGAGGUCAUCAAGGGGUGGGACAUUGGUAUUGCAGGUAUGAGCGCAGGAGGUGAGCGUCGGGUUACGAUCCCCGCGCAUUUGGGGUACGGAAAGCAGGGCAGUGGACCGAUCCCCGGCAACGCGACGCUGGUGUUUGACGUCAAGUUGUUGGAGAUCAACAAGAAGAAGUAG